CGCGGGGCGGUGCUGGGCGCAGCGGGCUCCCCGGCCGGCCGCAGUGCAGCCGCAGCGCCGGCCCCGCCCCGCCUGCCCGCCCGCUCCUCCCCUGCCGCCCCCCCACCCCUGCGGCCGCAGCCCCAAGCGCUUCCAGACCCGCGCUGAGCCCAGCCCGCCUGGCCUGGCAGCUUCCAUCCACUGCUGGCCCACGAGCAAGGAGCUGUGGCUGCCCCUGGAGGAGGAUCCAGGGAUGGCAGUGGCUCCAGCACCUCCCAGGGCUGCAGGGGGUUCAGCCCCUCAGCGGGGCACCCCAGGCCUGUGACAGCCGAACCAUCACCUGUGCUCCCCACCGGCCCCACCCACCCAACCACAGACCACAGCCAUGGGCGGCUGCUUCUCCAAACCCAAGCCAGUGGAGCUCAAAAUCGAGGUGGUGCUGCCAGAGAAGGAGCGAAGCAAGGAGGAGCUGGUGGCCAGCGGGAAGGGCAGUCCCCGGACCUACCAGGGCAACGGCACCGCCCGCCACUUCCACGCCGAGGAGCACCUGCCUGCCCCGCACCCCUACCCCGGCCCUCAGGACUGCGUGGAGGCCGCCGUCUGUCACGUCAAAGACCUGGAAAACAGCCAGAUGCGGGAAGUGGAGCUAGGCUGGGGGAAGGUGUUGCUGGUGAAAGAUGGCGGGGAAUUCCAUGCCUUAGGCCACAAGUGCCCACACUACGGUGCACCCCUGGUCAAAGGCGUGCUAUCCCGGGGCCGCGUGCGCUGCCCCUGGCACGGUGCCUGUUUCAACAUCAGCACCGGGGACCUGGAAGACUUCCCGGGCCUGGACAGCCUGCACAAGUUCCAGGUGAAGAUUGAGAAGGAGAAGGUGUACGUCCGGGCCAGCAAGCAGGCCCUACAAAUGCAGAGGAGGACCAAGAUGAUGGCCAAGUGUAUCUCUCCAAGUGCCGGGCACAGCGGCAGCACCAAUGUGCUCAUUGUGGGUGCAGGUGCAGCAGGCCUGGUGUGUGCGGAGACACUGAGACAGGAGGGCUUUUCAGACCGGAUCGUCCUGUGCACGCUGGACCGGCACCUCCCCUACGACCGGCCCAAGCUGAGCAAGUCCCUGGACGCGCAGCCUGAGCAGCUGGCCCUGAGGCCCAAGGAAUUCUUCCGGGCCUACGGCAUCGAGGUCCUCACAGAGGCCCAGGUGGUCACCGUGGAUGUGAGAAACAAGAAGGCGGUAUUCAAGGAUGGCUUCAAGUUGGAGUACAGCAAACUGUUGCUGGCACCAGGCAGCAGCCCCAAGACCCUCAGCUGCAAAGGCAAAGAGGUGGAGAACGUGUUCACCAUCCGGACACCUGAGGAUGCCAACCGCGUGGUGAGGCUGGCCCGGGGCCGCAAUGCCGUGGUCGUGGGAGCUGGCUUCCUGG